AUGUUGGUGGACAAUAAAUCUGAUCUGACUCAUAUACCUCUCAACUUCAUCAGUGAUGAUCAAAAGGGAUAUCUUGAGAUAGCGAAUAAUAUUCUGUCCGAAGAAGCUGUCCUUGGUUAUGAGUUCGGCUUCUCCCUGGACCAUCCACGACGGUUAUGCGUAUGGGAAGCUCAGUUUGGAGAUUUCUUCAACGGUGCUCAGAUCAUUAUCGAUACCUUUUUGGCCAGUGCGGAAAGUAAAUGGUUGACGCAGUCCGGACUGACUUUGCUUCUACCACAUGGUAUCGAUGGAGCUGGUCCCGAACACAGCACAUGCCGAAUGGAGAGAUUCUUACAACUAUGUGAUUCUCGAGAAGAUCAAGUACCGGUUGAUGGAGAGAAUGUGAAUAUGCGAAUAGCAAAUCCGACUACGUCAGCGCAGUAUUUCCAUCUUCUCCGAAGACAGAUAGCGAAUAAUAUUCUGUCCGAAGAAGCUGUCCUUGGUUAUGAGUUCGGCUUCUCCCUGGACCAUCCACGACGGUUAUGCGUAUGGGAAGCUCAGUUUGGAGAUUUCUUCAACGGUGCUCAGAUCAUUAUCGAUACCUUUUUGGCCAGUGCGGAAAGUAAAUGGUUGACGCAGUCCGGACUGACUUUGCUUCUACCACAUGGUAUCGAUGGAGCUGGUCCCGAACACAGCACAUGCCGAAUGGAGAGAUUCUUACAACUAUGUGAUUCUCGAGAAGAUCAAGUACCGGUUGAUGGAGAGAAUGUGAAUAUGCGAAUAGCAAAUCCGACUACAUCAGCGCAGUAUUUCCAUCUUCUCCGAAGACAGGCUUCAGCAUUGGGUCCGCUCAAUAAAUAG